AUGUUGCUGUUCUGCCGAUGUUCUACACAGGAUCAAAUAAUUGUCUCCUCAGCGAUAGAUUCUGUUUUUCAGUGCAUGAAGAGAGAGAGCUGCGAAGUUCAGAAUCGAAGCAUAAAGAUCUUCGUCAACAGGGAUCACUUCGCCUCAUUUGCGAGUUUGUGGAAAGAUUUCGCAAGCGACAACAUCGAUGAAGAAUCAUCGCUGUUAAAGCCCUGGACAACCAGUGUGUUGAUAUUAAUACAUGAGGAUGCUUUGAGGGCUCUGCACAACUUUACGGCCAAGAUCUCGCUACUAUAAAUAAGCCACCAUCAACGUGAACAGAUUCGACAGGGCGUUACCAUCUCGCACAAAAUUUUCCACUGCCGCUUCCGGAAAGAAGCGCUAAUACAACGCUUGCGGAUAGAUCGGCUCAGGAUUGAACUUGACGUAUCUAAACCGAGAAGACAAUAUGAAGAACGACCUACUAUUAUAGCUAUGCAGAGGGGAACGCGCGGCGUGGGGAGCACUUAG